AUGUUCGACGUCGGCCAGCGCGCAAGCAGCGACGGCAUCAGAGCUGGAAGCGUAGCUGGUGACUACAGGCAUACAAACCGUCGCGUUAGCAACGUAGACGUUGCCGAGCUCCUAAACUACUCACCGAAUAUGUUGGGCACCUCCGACGGCCAUCAGCGCGCUUCCGGAUUUACAGCGCUAACCCGGCUUUUGUGUCUCUACCAUCGUUCCGUCGACACCGCGAUUCUUCGCCUUGGCUGUACAAUCCACUUACAUGUCGCUACGCUGCAUACACUAAAUCUUAUUGAACCAAUACCAAGGCAUAGUUACCUGGAGAUGUCAGAGUGUAAAUUCAUCACCGCAGCCUCCAGCGGCUUCGGCAAAUACAUAGCUCUUGAGGCUCUCUUUCGAGGCCACAAAGUCAUCGCCAGCGCACGUAACACUUCAAGGAUUGCCGACCUAAAGGAGGCAGGCGCUGAGACGCUCACCUGGACACCAAAAGAAGACUACGACACCUUCAACACUAACGUCUUCGACAUGCUCAAAGUCUCCAAAGCCUUUCUCCCUUACAUCCGCUCUACUCCUGGCCACCGCACCAUCGCAAAUUUCGGCUACAUCGCCUCCUAG